AUGUCUAAGACUGUUCAUGAAGUGCUACUGUGUCGGUAUCUCGUGCUCAAUGGCGACGUCGAGGACGGCUGUCACCCAGAUGAAGCGCAGGCUCUCAAAGACUAUCUUCGCAACAAAACAACGACCGUCGAAGCCGCACAAGCAAUCACUCGACCUCUCGUCACAUCCAGUGAUCCGCGUGAAGACCUAGUUCGCCUCUGGUCUAUCUUGAUGGAUGCUCUUGUUGAGUUACCCUCAGAGCAUACAGAUCACCUCAUUGCGCUGGUAUCGGCCAUUGAGGAUCUUCCUGAGCCAGACUUCAGUACUAUUGAGGGAAGCAAACAGCCGAGGGAGAAGUUGUGGAGGGGGCUCCCUGGUUUUGGACACCUGUGGGCCGACUGUUACCAGUCAAGUAGCUGGAGAGCCACUGUCGUCGAUCUGGAGGGCGAGAAACGCAAAGCGUUCCUUGAUGAACACAUCAAGAAGGCUCAGGUCGAAGCAAGGCUCGUCGCAUCUGGUCUUGCCGGCAUUGAGAUUGACUGGGCCUACGAAGUGAUUGCAGAUGCUUUGGAGAGCAGCAAUGCACUGCUCGACUUUGAGAUCCCCGCUGCAGCGGAGUGGCUUGAGUGCUGCGCACAGCGACUUCGACAGGGAGCGGCCAUGGGCAAGCCAUCGUGGGCUCUGAAGCCGCGUAUAUCCGAAGCAACGUGCACUUCAUCACGAGACCUCUUGGAGGCCCGCUCGGAAGGGGUGAUGAGCUUGAAACGUUGGAAGGCAUGGCAGGAGCGUUUGAUGAAGCUGCAGGAAGACGAAGGGGAAGAAGAGGUGACAGAGGCCGCAAGGCGUGCGCUCGAGGCUAUGCGCAAAGCUGACCAGGCGCUGUGA